GAUGGUGGUUACCUUUGGAAAGUCCACCUUUGAGAUUCACGGCAUAAUAUGGAAUACAGGAAGGAGCAGGUGUGUGGAAAACAGAUGAUGCUGCCCUGGCCGCUUUCUCAGUGGUUAGAGCGUCGGCCCUCAGACUAAAGGGUGUGUUGUUUCUGGUCAAGGGCACUCACCUGGGUUGCUAGCUGGAUCCCGGCCCCCAUCCGGGCACGUGUGGGAGGCUACCAAUGAUGUGUGUCUCUCACAUCUAUGUUUCUCUCUCUCUCACUCUUUCUCUCUACCCCUCCUUUCCACUCUCUCUAAAAAUCAGUGGGAAAAUAUCCUCGAGUGAGGGUUAUCAAAAAAAAAGAAAAGAAAGAAAGAAAGAAAAGAAAGCAGAUGAUGCUUCAGAUUAAACCCAAGGAAGUUUUUUAUUGAAAAUCCAAGUAUGGAACUUGAAAGGGUUAAGGACUGGGAGUCGAUUAUUGAAUUAUGAGUAUGGAUGAGACAGACUAGGGACAGCUUCUUUCAGAGGUUCUUAAUAUCAACAUUUAAGGGUAGGCCAAAGGUCCUCUGGAGGAAUAUGGUGGGCAUAGAGAGGACCUGGAGAGAAUGGUGUCAUGGGAUCCAAGGGAGGAAAAAUUUAUUUUGUUUGUUUUAGUUUGUUGUUAUUAUUAUUAUUUUAGAGAGAGGAAAAGAGAGAGAAUCAUUGACAUGAGAAGGAAACAUCAAUAGAGAAAAACAUCGAUGUGAGAGGGAAACAUUAAUAGGCUGCCUCCUGCAUGUCACCCACCGAGGAUGAGCCCAAAAUCUAGGCAUGUGCCCUGACAGGGAAUUGAACCAGCAACCUUUCAAUGCCUGGGACAACGCCCAACCUACUGAGCCACACCGGCCAGGCCUGCUUUAGUUUUAUGUUCAUCAAAAGUUAACAGCAACAGGCACAUAUUAAAACGAGUAUGGCAAAGCCUUUUACAAAUGGCUUUACUUUGAGGGUAUUGGGAGUGUGUGGCAUGCAUCCGGACCAUCAGGAAGCUCUGAAAAAGAACCGAGUGCUGCUGGCCAAACAGCUGUUGCUGAGUGAACUGUUAGAACAUCUCCUGGAACAAGACAUCAUCACCUUCGAAAUGAGGGAGCACAUUCAGGCCAAAGUGGGCAGUUUCAGCCAGAAUGUGGAACUCCUCAACUUGCUUCCCAAGAGAGGUCCCCAUGCUUUUGAUGCCUUCUGUGUGGCCCUGAGGGAAACCAAGCAGGGUCACCUGGAGGAUCUGUUACUCUCAACCCUCUCUGGUCUUCAGCAUGUACUCUCACCGUUGAGCCGUGACCACGACUUGAGUCUGUCUUUCCCGAUGUGUGAGUCCUGUCCUCCUCACAAGCAGCUCCGCCUGUCUGCAGAUACUGUGGAGCACUCCCUAGACAACAGAGAUGGCCCACCCUGCCUUCAGGUGAAGCCUUGUACUCCCGAAUUCUAUCGAACACACCACCAGCUGGCCUAUAGGUUGCAGUCUCGGCCGCGUGGCCUGGCACUGGUCCUGAGCAACGUGCACUUCACUGGAGAGAAGGACCUGGACUUCCGCUCUGGAGGGGAUGUGGACCACAGCAAUCUAGUCACCCUCUUCAAGCUCUUGGGCUAUAAUGUCCAUGUUCUACUUGACCAGACUGCACAGGAAAUGCAAGAGAAACUCCAGAAUUUUGCCCAGUUGUCUGCUCACCGCGUCACUGACUCCUGCAUUGUGGCCCUCCUCUCUCACGGCGUGGAGGGCGGCGUCUAUGGUGUGGACGGCAAGGUGCUUCAGCUACAAGAGGUGUUUCGGCUCUUUGACAAUGCCAGCUGCCCGAGCUUACAGAACAAGCCGAAAAUGUUCUUCAUCCAGGCCUGCCGUGGAGAUGAAACGGAUCGUGGGGUUGACCAGCAGGAUGGAAAGGGUCACGCCCUGUCCCCCGAGUGUGAGGAGGGUGAUCCUGGUAGACAGGAAUUGCUGAAGAUGCGGCUGCCCACUCGCUCGGACAUGAUAUGUGGCUAUGCCUGCCUCAGAGGGACUGCCGCCAUGCGUAACACCAAACGGGGUUCCUGGUACAUCGAGGCCCUCACUCAAAUCUUCUCUGAGAGGGCUUGUGACAUGCACGUGGCCGACAUGCUUGUCAAAGUGAAUGGACUUAUCAAGGAGCGCGAAGGCUAUGCCCCCGGCACAGAGUUCCACCGGUGCAAGGAGAUGUCGGAGUACUGUAGCACCCUGUGCCGGCACCUCUAUCUGUUCCCCGGACACCCUCCCACGUGACGCCACCGCCCGGCACCAGGGCCACAGAUGGUGUGCUGGAGCUUCUGCAGGAUCGCGGUUUCUGUCCUUCCCUCUCAGGGACUGGGAGUUUCAGGCUGGUUUCACAGCCUGCCGUCCUUGACAUUAAGUCCCGCCCACAGGCUGGUUCCCGCUGUGUGAGGCUCUUUUCCUGGGCUGGCCCUGGCUGGACUGGUUGCCAGCCACGUUUGGCUGCCGUAGAGGAGCCUGGUGAAGGGUGUGUGAGCACGGGGGCUUUAUGGGGAGAGGCAUGCAGGUCCCCUCCACGUGUGUGCUCACUCCUGCCCCACGCUUUUGUAGGUAGCAUUGUGGUCAUUGCUUUUGUUAUGUUGGUUAAGAUGUCUCGGAGGUCACCUCCCGUCUUUCAUAUCACAGCCCCUUUUGUCCCAGAGUGAGAGUCCAUUUAAUGUAGGCAUUUCCCAUGUGGCUUUGGAAGGACAAACAGGACUAGAGACACACGCUGCUGCUGUGUGUGUGGAACAGCCUGUGCAUUCCUCCCAUGCAGCAAGGCCACCGCAGGAAGGACAGUGCCACCUGUGGCUCCUCUGGACUCGAGGAACCCGAGCUUUCAGCAGAGGCUAGGGGUCGGAUGCCUUGUAUCUGGAACUCACUUUAUGCAGGGACGUCCCCAAGGUCUUUUCUCUGAACUUUCACUGGAAUGAGCCUGGCAGUGCCAGCAGGGGCAGGUGAGGGUGGGAUGCUUCCUCAUCCUCUAAUCUGUCACCUUACCUUCUCCCUUUCUAUUUGUUCUCUCCCUGCUUCCUGAUAUCCUGGUUACUGCUGCCUCCAGAUGCGUCUAAAAUACUACUUAAUUGGCUGCUCAAGGAUGUGAUGUAGUUCCUUGUUCCUGCUUUCUGUUUCAGUGUUAAAUCCCCUUGGAUAGUAUAUGGCCUAUUUCCUUGUCCCCUGUGUCUCUCUGUUUCAGGGAGGCCUUUGCUAGAUGGCUAUCCAUGUUUGUUUACCCUAGGAGCCGUCCUUACCAGUGCUUACAGGAGACUUUCCUGUUCCUGAAGGCCUCUCUGACUUCCAUUCUUGUACACAAUCUAAUAUCAAUAUAACAGAUUUGGUUUUUAAAUAUAAAUCUUGAUCAUGUCACUCACCUGCUUGGAACCCUUUGGUUUCUUAUUACAUCUCAAAUAAAAUCCAAACUCCUUACCUUGGCCUACAGGCCCCACCUUCCCCUUGAACCUUAUUAAGUACUGCUUUUUCUCUAAGCAGCAACCCAGUGGCUUCCUCAGUUUCAAACAUACUGAGCUCUUUCCUGUCAUGAACCGUCGCAGACACUCUCUGGGGGUCUACUGAGUGCCAUUCCUCAUCACUUGAUUGGGUGGUUUAUUCUUCAAGUGUCAGCUUAAAUUCCACUUUCUUGUGGAGGCCUUCUCAGGCCAUUCUGUCUCUAAAUGAUCUAUGUUUAUUCCUGUGCCUGUUUAAUUCCUUCAUUGCACUUUUCAUAACCUAUGAUAAUAUUUACUUGCUUCCCUUGUUCAUUCUGUCUCCUCUACUAGAAACUCCAUGAGGGCAAAAACUUUUUUGUUCAUCAAUAUGUACCCAGUGCCUGGCACAUGUCAGGGCUUCAGUAAAUGUUAAAAGAAGCAACCCUAGCUAGAAUCCUACUUUUUGACAAUAUACACAGUUUGGUGUUUUUUCGUGUGUUUUGUUUUAUUCACUGGUAUUAUCCCCUGAAGAUAUGUCACAUUGAGACAACUUCCUCUACAUCUCCCAUGGGGCCUGGCACAGUGCUCGGCCUGUAUCAUAGUUCAGGUGCUCAAUAAAUGCUCAUUCUGUGAGCCAGGUGGUUCGGAGACUUGUAGCCAAGUCCUCCCUACCCCUGGAUCAGUAUUGUAUGGAAAUAUUUGGGUGAUAAACCUUUCACUUCCCACUGCCAGAUGUUACAUCGCCAUCAGGUGCCAAAUAAAUGCUUAUAUUUAUUACUGA